AUGGAAACCGAGGCUGUUUUGAACCUCUUUGAUUCUUGCUGGUUUGAGGUUAACAUUUUGAAGGAAAACUUAAGCUCUGAUGGAACAAUUACAAGUGAUGUGAAAAAUCUAAAUUUUGAGGAAGAAGAAGAAGAAGAACUAGGACCAAAGCUACCCUUGAUCCGAACCAGCCACACCAGAUCCAUGAGUGACCAGUCCAUGACAAGCACAAGAUUCAACCAUGAUUCUCUUUCUCCAGACUCUGUACUUCUUCUUCCUCCUAAGCUCCAAACCAUUCUCUCAGGAAAAGAAGUCACUGACUCAGAACCUGAGAGCCCAACACAGGUUAGGCACCAUGAGGUGUUGUGUCCUGAGAAGAAAAAAAGCUGCAAAAUUUCAGGCAAUGGAACUAGGAAGAGGAGGGAGAGCAAGAGUUUGUCAGACCUUGAAUUUGAGGAGCUAAAAGGGUUCAUGGAUCUGGGUUUUGUUUUCUCAGAGGAGGAUAAAAACUCAAGCUUGGCUUCAAUUAUUCCUGGGUUGCAAAGGCUAGGGAAUAAGGAAGAUAAAGAAGAAGAAGAUUGUGAUGAAUUAAAUGUCCCAAGGCCUUACCUUUCUGAAGCAUGGGAGGUUCAGGAAUAUGGUAGGAGAAAAAAAGAGAACCCCUUGGUGAAUUGGAAAAUACCUGCUUUGAACAACGAAACUGACAUGAAAGAUAGUCUCAGAUGGUGGGCACACACAGUUGCUUCCACUGUCAGAUGA